CUGAUGUUCGCUGUGUGAUGUGCGAGCAGGUUUGAUUCAUGGAUGAUGUGCCGUUUUGUGUCUUUUCAGCAGGCCUAGCACCACAUUGGCCCUCGUUUCUAUAAAUAAUGACCAAAGAGGUGAAGAACGAAAAGUCCAGCGGCAAGGAAGAUGCAAGUGAGAAGAGGAAAGUGAAGGAGGCACCGAGUACGAAGGUUGUGAUCCGGUGUCUUCCUCCGACUCUAACUGAAGCCGACUUUCUGGAGCAGAUUUCCCCGCUUCCGAACAACAAUUACCUAUACUAUGUAAAAGCGGACCGAAGUCUUGAAGUCAAUGCCUUCUGCCGAGCCUACAUCAACUUCAUCAACCCAGAGGACAUAGUACCCUUCCGAGACCAGUGGGAUGGGUAUUCAUUCACCGACGCCAAAGGGACUGAAUAUCCAGCGGUGGUUGAGUUUGCUCCCUACCAGAAAAUCCCCAAGAAACAAGGUCGGAAGGUGGACCCUCGCUGCGGCACCAUAGAAAACGACGAUGAUUUCAAGGUGUUUGCAGAGUCGUUGCAGGCGGAGGUGGAGCGUUUGCCCAGCGCGGAGACGUACCUAGAAGAGCUGGAGGCCAAACUCAGCGAGAAGGAAGCUAAAGAGUUGACGCCUCUUCUGGCCUUCCUCAAGAACAAGAAACUGGAGAGGGUCAAAAUCCGUCAGGAGGCCCGGGACGAGCGACGGCGGAAAGAGCGCGAGCAGAAGAAGCGGGAGGAGGAGCGGAGGCGGCAGCGGGAGAAACAGCAGCGACAGCGGGAACGGGAGGCCAAGGAGAAGGCGAGAGACAAGAAGGAAGGGGAGAAAGAGGAACCCCAAAAGAUCAAGUUACUCAAGAAACCUGAAGAAGAGAAGAAGGACCGGAAAGAGGAUGCGGCAGCCAUGGAUGCGAAGGGCAAGGAGAAGAUGGGCAGACGAGACCAGGCCAGACGAGAUGACAGUAGGAAGGAGAGAGACACAAAGCCCCAAGCGAAACCGGACAGAGAGGACAGGGAAAGACCCCCCCGACACAAGGACCGAGACCCUGAGCGGGAACGGAGGGACAGGGAGAGGGAACAUCAGCGGACGAGGGAGAAGGAGCGGAACAAGGACAGGGGUGGGGAGAGACAGCCCGACAGAGACCGUGACAGACACCAUGGGGGAGACCGUGGGGGAGGAGAGAGGGACAGGGGACGAGACAAGGAUGUGGGAGCUGCACCAGAGAAACGCUCGCCUAAAGAUUCAGACUCGUCAUCCAAGGGACAGGCCCCAAGGGACGACAAGCGAAGGGAUUCCCACUCAGACCGGCAGGUAAGAGGAGGCGGGCGGGACAGUGAGAGGGCCAAGAGGAAUGAGCCGCCCAGCAGGGGCUCUGACCAGAGGCGAUCUGAGAAGAGUGAUGUGGCCCGCCAGUCCAAAUCGGCUGCCCUGAACGGGGAGGGCUCGUCUGGCAGGAAGGAUGAGAAGGAAAUUGCCUCGGCUGACAAGAGACCGGCAUGCGGGAGGAGGAGCUCGGACCUUGGAACAGACUCAAGCGAGGGGUCGUCAGAGAAAUCCGGAAAGUCAACAAGAGGGAAGGAGGGGACCGAUCGCCUUCGGAAUAAGGACCGGCCUGCCAUGGCCCUUUAUAAGCCAGGUCAGAGGUUAUCAUCUUCCAAAAGCCAUGAGGAUAAGGAGCUGGGGGACAAGGCCAAAGGUCAGAGGUCGAGCCCCCGGGAUGGUGAUGCCAAACCGGUGUCCCAACCAGAUCAGGUGAAAACUGGCAGCGAGCGAAGAGACGGACGGAGGGAGAGCAAAGAUUCGGGCGGGGGGCAAGACGAAGGCGCCUUCCCAGGCAAAGGGGGAGGCAAAGGCCAGGGACGGCAUGACCAUCGGAGGGAGGACAGGAACAGGAGAGAUGGGCAUGGCUCACGGGGCGGAGAGCAGAGACCACCAAGACGAGAAGGAGGCAAGGAAGACCGACCCAAACGGGAUGACAGACCCAGGGAAAGAGACAGAGGCACUGGUCAGACCAGAGAUGGGGAUAAAGUGCAGAGCAGUGAAUCAUCCAAGAGUGAUAGCAGCGACAAGCUACGGGACAAAGGGAGUGCCACACACAGAGAGGGUGAUAAAUCCCAGGACAAACCACGGGACAGAGGGGGUGACAAAAGGGGUGGCACACCCCGAGAUGGUGACAGACAUAGAGACCGAGGUGGGGACCGAGGUAGAGACAGGGGUAGUGAUGCCACUAAGGAUAGAAAGGGUGACAGACCCCGCGAUAGAGGCAGUGACAAACCCAAAGACAAAAGGGUUGACAAACCCAGAGAAAAAGAGGGACAGAAGCCUGCAGAAAAGGGGAAUGAGAAACAGCCAGACAAGUAGAAGGGAGGAGAUAUUAGCUAUAUAUACACAAGUAUAAGAACUGGCGAGAAUCAUUGUUGUUUUCCAGAAUGGGUUUCUGGUAUAUCAACAGUGCUUACAGUUCAUAACAACUUUCACUUAUUGUGAAGAAUUAGAAGAUCUGUAUUUAGCUCUGGGUUUAGUUUUGUUUAUCCAUCUUUUUUCAGUACAAAUCUUUACAGAUUAUGAACAGUGGUUGCCCAAAUAACAAAUUUCCAAAGAACUAGGGUCUGUUUUGUGGCAUGUUUCCAAAUACUUUACUCUGUUGACCAAACCAAAGUGCGGAAUCUGUCGUAAGGAGCAUGAUCAUCAGAAACAGCGUCAUGUCAGUAGUGGUAUUAAAUGUUCCGCUGACGCUUUAACAGGAAUACUUUUACCUCGGUGAAGUUGGGUCGAUGGUACAAUGUGGCACCACUAAGUAGGCGGUUAUGCCGUGUUUGAACUGGUUUUAUUUUCUUUAUAAAUUUAAAAACACUGAACGAACAGAAAUCGCCGCGCACUUCGUCAAGCUUUUUCAAAAAUAUUUGAUUUGGGCGGAUUAAUGAUGACUUGCUUGUUGUCAUGUUUGGUUAGUUGGUAGACUUUUGGAAGCCUAGGAUAAGAACAUUAUCUUAGAGGGCCUUUCGUUUACAUUUAGUUUUAUUUCACUGUUAACUGAAAAUGUGCAAAUGUGAAUAAGACCAUGUUUAUGGAACUCUA